AUGUCUGAAGGCGAGAAGGUCCGUACCUCCGGCGAGUCGCCGCGCGAGCAGAGCCUCCCGACUGUCAACCCGGCUGCCGAGAAGCAGCAGGCCCCCAAGGCCGUUCUUCACCCCGCGGUCUACGUAGCCACCUGGAUUACCCUCAGCUCCGGUGUCAUUCUAUUCAACAAGUGGCUCCUUGACUACAAGAACUUUCGCUUCCCUAUUAUCCUUACAACAUGGCACUUGGGCUUCGCCUCUCUCAUGACCCAGAUCCUCGCCCGCACCACCACUGUCCUCGAUGGCCGUAAGAAUGUCAAGAUGACAGGCCGUGUCUACCUUCGCGCUAUUGUCCCCAUCGGGCUUAUGUUCAGUCUGUCCUUGAUCUGCGGCAACGUGACCUAUCUAUAUCUGAGUGUCGCUUUCAUCCAGAUGUUGAAGGCUACCACUCCUGUUGCUGUCCUUCUGGCUACGUGGGGUAUGGGCAUGGCUCCGGUCAAUUACAAGACCCUCAUGAACGUUUCUGUCAUUGUCAUUGGUGUCAUAAUUGCGUCCUUCGGCGAGAUCAAGUUCGUUAUGAUUGGUUUCCUCUUCCAGCUUGGUGGUAUUGUUUUCGAGGCUACUCGUUUGGUCAUGGUGCAGCGUCUCCUCAGCUCCCCCGAGUAUAAGAUGGACCCUAUGGUUUCUCUGUAUUACUUCGCUCCCAUCUGCGCCAUCAUGAACGGUACCGUUGCUCUGUUCCUGGAGGUGCCCAAGCUCACCAUGGGCCAUAUCUACGAGGUUGGAGUGUGGACUCUGCUUGCCAAUGCCAUGAUUGCCUUCCUCUUGAACGUUUCCGUGGUCUUCCUGAUCGGCAAGACCUCGUCUCUGGUCAUGACUCUCUGCGGUGUUCUGAAGGAUAUCUUGCUCGUGGCCGCUUCCAUGAUCCUCUGGAACACCCCGGUCACCGGUCUCCAGUUCUUUGGUUACUCUCUGGCUCUUGUUGGUCUCGUCUACUACAAGCUUGGUGGGGACAAUAUGGCUGAGUACGCCGGCCAGGUCGGUCGCGCCUGGGCGGAAUACGGACAAACCAACCCUGGGAUGCGCCGCUUCGUCAUCUUCGGUGCUGCUGCCUUGAUUUUCUUCCUUUUCCUGGGCUCUAUGGCCCCAACCUACGCGCCCGAGUCCUACCAGAGCGUCAAGGGUAUGAUUGGCGGCGCCACCCCCAGUAACUAA